AUGUCAGAGAACCGUUUAUUCGGCAAAAUUCCAGGCUCACUAGGUUCUCUCUCUUAUCUAAUGUUCUUAAGACUGUCAGGCAACAAUCUCUUUGGAGAACUGCCUUCGAGUUUGAGAAAUUGCACGCGAAUGAUUAGCAUUGAUCUUAGUAACAAUCGGUUGUCAGGGCUAAUCCCAGCUUGGCUAGGGGAAACAAUGAGAUCACUGUUAAUCCUCAGUUUAAGGAAGAAUAGGUUUUCCGGCCCCAUUCCUUUAAAAAUAUGUAUCCUUUCAGGUCUUCACAUACUGGACCUUUCAAGAAACAACUUAUCUGGUUCUAUCCCGUCCUGUUUUGGAAAUAUGGAAGCCUUCAAGGUUGAGCUAACUGAUGCAGAAGUUGCACCAUAUGAAGGGAAACUGAACGUGGUGGCAAAAGGAAGAAUACUUUAUUAUGAUACUAUCCUUUACCUAGUAAAUAGUAUCGACCUCUCGAGCAACAGUUUAUCUGGAGAAAUCCCAGUAGAGAUAACAAGCUUGGUUAAAAUUGUCACCUUGAACUUGUCCAAGAACCAUUUGACAGGAAAUAUACCGACAGAUAUAGGAAAUUUAGGAUGGGUUGAAACCUUAGAUCUUUCAAUAAAUCAGUUGUCAGGUCCUAUCCCACCAAGCAUAGCUAGUUUAGACUUUCUGACUCAUUUUAACUUCUCUUACAAUAAGUUGACAGGAAAAAUUCCCACUAGUACUCAGUUCCAAACCAAAGUUGAUCCAACAAUUUUCCAAGGAAAUGCUGCACUUUGUGGUCCUCCUCUGAAAGAAUGUGUUGGUGACAGGACUAAAACAUCUGAUAAUGGAACGAAUGACGAAGGAGAAACUGAUGAUGAAGAUAAACUUGAGAAAGUGUGGUUCUUUGCUGUUGUUGGUUUGGGAUACUUGGUUGGAUUUUGGGUAUUUUUUGGCACUUUGGUCAUCAAGAAAAGAUGGAGAAUUGCUUAUUUCAGAUUUAUAGAGACAUGCAUUUUGGAGUUGAACGAAUGGUCAUGGAGUUUUCUGCAUAAAAUGUUAGGAUAUUUAACGUGUAGAAGAAACACUUAGGAAAAUGUUGAAAAGUGUUUGUCAACUUUAGCAAGGUAUUCAAUAAGUGGAGCUAUAGGAGUUUGUAUCUGCCAUGCUAUUAUAUUUUGUGUUUUAUUUUCAGUAUAGCACAUAUUAUUUACUUUUCUAUAUGAAAAAGUGUAAGACAAUGCUACCUAAAUGUUUAUCUUAUUUACUAAAAUCAGCACAAGAAAGAACAUGAGAGAGUGCAUAAACUGCUUUUCAUGGACUAAAAGUAAAGAUUUCAUGAGUUAAAACUAUCUUAUUUGCUAAUUUCAUGGGUUAAUUUUAAGUACUUAUUUCAUCAGUUAGAAAGUGCUCACCUAAAUGUUUAUGUUAUUUGCUAAAUUCAUU